AUGCAACUGCGGGCGACUCAGCGCAGCAUGGGUUGUCUGGUGACCACUGCCCGCGAAGACGACACCUUGGUCAUCUCACUCAAUCAGCCCAAGACGCUCAACGCUCUGACUGAGACGAUGGGCGAUGCACUGCAAGAGCUCAUCCCCCAGAUCAACGCCGACAAGAGCAUUCGAAGCGUGGUCCUCACCGGGGCUGGCUCGGCGUUUAGCGCCGGUGGAGACCUGGACUUUUUGAAUGAACGCGUGGCCUCUGAUGCCAGCGUUAACACAGCGGCUAUGCUCGAUUUUUACCACCGUUUCCUCUGCAUCCGCCAACUUCGCGUGCCCGUCAUUGCCGCCAUCAAUGGACAUGCCAUUGGUGCGGGCCUGUGCUUGGCCACAGCCUGUGACUUGCGGGUGGUAGCCCGUGAUGCCUUGCUGGGCUACACUUUUGUAGGCCUGGGCCUUCACCCUGGCAUGGCCGCCACCCACUUUGUGCAGCAGGCCAUCGGGCCCCAGCUGGCUGCCCGCAUGCUCUUCACCGGCGAGAAAAUCAAGGGCGAGGAGGCUGUUCGACGUGGUCUGGCGCUCUCGGUGCACGAUGCUGAUGACGUCUUGCCCGAGGCCCUGAAGAUUGCUGAGAAAAUCAAUGAUCAAUCAGCCAUUGCUGUUCAAACCUUGGUCCAAACGCUGCGGCGCCAGAACGAGGUCGGCCUCGAGCGUGCCUUGCAGCGCGAGGCGGAUGCCCAGGCCCACUGCUAUGCCCAUGCAGACAUGAAAGAGGGCUUGGCAGCAAUUGUGGAAAAGCGCAAGCCCAACUUUGAUUGA